UAGACACCGCGAACCCAGAGCAUCGAACAAGGCGAAGAGGAGGGAAGGCAGAAGAACGAGAGGGGCACCGGAUUGGGCAGAAUGGCGGCGCACGUGCGGAGCUUGGAGCUCAAUUUGAUCUUCUGCCAGUCCCAGCGGAUUCGCUUUCUCUCUCUCCUUGUCCAACCCGGCCUCUCUGUCCAUCCCCGGAGACUUCCCGGUGCAAUUCGCGAUUGCUUGCAGACUAUGCUCUGAGCAGAGUCUCAUCCCCGAUCCCACCAUGGUGCCGACCACAGAAUCCUCUCCGCUCCUCCCCCAGCACAACCCGACAGCCUCUAAUACGUCACCGCGAGGAAACCGUCCGCCGCGGACGGUGACCUUCAACCCAUUGGCGACCGUCAGCACAUACCAUGACAACACCUCCGCCGAUCCUACCUUCAGACCGCUGCAGUCCGACUCGUCGUCCGCUCCGCACUCUCAGGAGAGUCAAUACCGACCGACCGGGCUCUCGGCCCUGAAUAGCAAGCUCCGUCGGCGCAACAGCCAUGGAUCUCCUUUCAGCACCUCCCACCCUCCCAUUACUGCAGUCCCCAAGGUUGGGCCUCAAAGAACGACGAAAAAGGCCCAGAAACUCAAGCUCCUUCCGGAUCCUGUGACUGCCGAGGAGGAGGAGCUCGGUGGAGAUGAUUUCCCGUCCGACGUUUACUCGCAAAUUGCACGCAUCAAAGAGCCGACAGCCAGGAGUCAUGCUGCGAGGUUAGGCAAGGCAGACCGAGAGAGAUUGCCACGGGUAACAGCGUAUUGCACGGCCAAUUCCUACCGACUCGAAGGGAUCAUUAAAUUCCUCAAAUCACGCUCCAAAACCCGCGGGGCCAACCCGAAGCUCUACGACGAAUGCGUCUAUUCUCCAUAUGACUACGACUACGAGGAAAAGCAAAAGGGUACCUGGGGGGUCUCGAGUAAUGGUCUGAGUCUGAUGGACAGCCGCCCAGCUGAACGACCUUCCAAUGAACGCCGGUACUCCGACAGUGUGGUGGAAGUCCAGGAUAACACCAAUUCUCGGCGGGAAGACCUCAUUGAUCUCCGAGACUCCCAAUCCCACGCAACCGAUAUAGAAAGUGCUUCGACAUCUGCUGUGACAGAAGCCCAGGGGGAAAUACAUCCAGAUCUCGACACCACCAUCCAUACACCCGAAGUGUUCCUGUUCGAUUACGGCACGGUUGUAAUAUGGGGCAUGUCCCCGGCGCACGAGUCACGAUUCUUGUCCGAUAUCUCAAAGUUUGCUGCUUCCAUUCUCAGUCCUGAAGAUACCCAGGUGGAGAACUUCAACUUCUACUAUGCUCGCGAGUACCAAGCCCGGAUAUACAACGACUUUAUCUCCCUGCGCGACCCUCGGAACCACAUGAUCAAACUGGCCAUCUCCCAUGCGUUGGCUCAAUCCGUCAAGACCUCCCUGUUCGAAGACCUUGUUUCCGAAACCAUCUCCAACACCGCACCCUUACCCGCUCAGAUUGCCAAAACCGGCAGUGUCAACCUCACCCGACGCCAGAUCAACAUGCAGAUCGGUGAACUGUUCAUCCUGCGAAUCAACAUCCACCUCCAAGGCUCGGUCCUCGACAGCCCCGAACUCAUGUGGGCUGAGCCCCAGCUAGAACCCGUCUAUCAAGCCGUCCGCAGCUACCUCGAGAUGGACCAGCGUGUGAGCCUCCUCACCGAACGACUCGAUGUGAUAGCGGAUCUUCUGGCCGUCCUCAAGGACCAAUUAACUCACCGCCACGGUGAGUACCUCGAAUGGAUCGUCAUCGUUCUUAUCGCUGCAGAAAUCCUGGUCGCCGCCAUCAACAUCGUAGUCGACCUAUAUGCCGGCGUGGAAUGAUACCUCCCUACCUUUACUUCCAACAACACAACCCUCGCUCACUAAAUCCAGCCAAUCAGUCCCUCGUCAUUACUUCCCGGUCGUACGGAGUGUUAUGGGUGCGGUUUUCGUUCUUUCUUGCUUCCAGUACUGGAGUUAAGGGGCCGGCAUAUAUCUGAGUGGGAAAGAAACCCUUGCAUCGAUGCAUAGCUUGAUCACAUACCUUGACCUGUAUCUAUACAUAAUUUGCUGUUGUGUCAGGGGCGUACUGGACCGGGCUUCGGGCUUUAAUAGGAUGUAUAACUUAUCUUCUUGAUACCAUGCCUCAUGUAGGGUGUAUGGGUCAGAGAACGGUGCAUGAAGAUGAGGUUUGGUUUAGAUAGCUACUCACUCGAGCAUCU